CCAGCUCUUCCUGCCAAUACCUGAUCCACCACAUCCAACAACCACGCUUCCUCACAAACGACACGGGCCAAAAGAUGUCGAAAGUCAACACGCUUGUCGUUGACGCCGGUCCGCUUAUUAUAAACGGCUACUCCGCCUUCGCGAGCCUUGCUGAUGAAUUCCUUACCACUCCGUCCGUGUACAACGAAAUCCGAGACGAGCGCGCGAGGCAGAACUUGUUGCUUUGGGGAGAUCGUCUGGUUGUUCGCCAGCCGAACGCAAAGUAUUUACAGAUUGUCUCUGAUUUCGCCCGCAAAACCGGCGACUACGCAGUUCUGAGCUCGACAGAUUUGCAAAUCAUCGCGCUCACCUACGAGUUAGAAUGCGAGAAGAACGGCGGCGAUUGGCGGCUUCGGUCGCGACCGGGUCAACAGGCGACCAACGGGGCAAGCACACAGUCUAACUCCGCCGAGCAGCAAGUUGAGCAGACUGCCCAAUCUCUUGAGAAUCUGAAGGUUGAGGAUGAGAGUAAUGGAGCUGCUGCUGCUACUGAUAGUGAAACCAAAGAGGCUGAGCCAGUGGAUGAUGGGUGGAACACUAUUUCACGGAAAACCCGCAACACUAAGAAGAAACAGCACAAAAACUACCUGCCGCAAAAGGAGUUUGCUGGCGCUUCACCAUUCAAAGCUGUGCCUGAACCAGUAGUCGAAGAAGUCCGCGUUCCCAGCGCUCAAUCAGAGGCGGUCGAACACACUCCAGACACCGACCCUGCCGACGCCGACGCCGACGCCGACAUUCGCCCGGAAGACGCUGUCGACGCUGACGAGCACGACAGUUUUAGUGAAGACGAAGACGACGACGGCGAGGGCUGGAUCACACCCGAAACCCUGCAUCACCAGCAAGUCCUCGACGGGACCGUCGACGCUGCCGCGCCAGGAUCCACCGAACCGACCGUGCUGAAAGUCGGCAUGGCCUCGGGCGAUUUCGCAAUGCAGAACGUUGCUCUCCAGAUCGGCUUGAACGUCAUCAACCCGCAGUCCGGAUAUCAGAUCAAGAAAAUCAGAAGCUGGAUGCUGCGCUGCCACGCCUGCUUCUUCCUCACGCCUCCGCCGACCGGCGACAAGCCGCGUCAAUUCUGUCCUCGCUGCGGCGGCGCGACGUUGCUGCGCUGCACUGUGACUACAUCUGCCGAGACGGGUAAGGUGCAGGUUCACUUGAAGCGGAAUUUCCAGUGGUCGCACAGAGGAAAUAGAUAUAGCAUACCGACUCCUCAAAGCAAGCAAAACCGACGAACAGGAGGCGAGGGGGCAGAAGAAAUCCUGCUGAGGGAGGAUCAAAAAGAAUAUCUAAAGGCAGUCAAGAACGACGCCUGGCAAAAGCGACAUAACCAAAAGAUGCUAGACGAGUGGAUCGGCGGAGCGAGCGAUACUCUUGGCUCGCCGUUCGCCAGCGGGUCAUACAAGCGUGACAACACCACGAAAUCGGGCGUUAAAGUGGGGAAGAGUAGGUACGUGAACGAGAGACGGAGGAAGUGAGCAUGUGCUGUGUAGUUUAGGAUGGCUCUUUUGUAUGCCGGGUUGGUAGAUAGAAUGGUUUAAUAGUACGUCAUAACGGGCCCUUGAGACUUGCUUUCCACG